AUGUCGGCCACAAAUUCACUUGAGUCUUCGUCGCCCACGCCAUGUCCUAACCAAAUCGCCACCCUUGAGCGCCGGAUCGCUGAACUUGAGCAAGACAAAGCGCACCUCGCCAAAGCAGUGUCUGAGUCUAAUCAACGCGUCGCUGAAGCUAAGAAAAGCACAGCUGCCGCUGAAGCCGAGACAGCAGCGGCGAAGCAGCGCGCCCAAACACGCUACACAGAGAGGUUACAUGCCAACAACGAGGCUCGAAAUCUUCAAGACGCGAUGAAGGAGCAAGCCUUUAAACAUAAUGAUUAUGCGAUCAAGGCCAGUAGGUUGGUUAGUACCCUCAGGGCCAGAAUCGCGCAUCUUGAAACUGAAAUCUCGACCAAAGAAGCUAAAAUUCAAGAGUUGAAAGCGGAACUUCAUGAAAUUCACACUGGCUUUCUAGCUAAUCAACGAGAGGAGGUUAACAUCGAGACACAGCCCGACAAGAUUGUUCAUGACCUUAAGAACAAGAUCAUAAGUCUGGAAUUGUCUCUUGCUAAGGCAGAACAGGACAAAGAGCAAGCUGUGAAAGAUAAAGAUGUGAUGGCAAAUUCACAGGCCAAGUUUGAAACGGAUCAAGCCUAUCUCAAGAGCCGAGAGAUUGCGCUGAUGCAAACUAAUCAGAUAAAGCUUCAGAACGCUCAGUUGGAUUGGCAUUCAAAACUAGAGAUCGUGAAGAAGCGGGAGAUCCAAAUGGCGAAAGAAUUGAAAGAAGCAAAGUGGGAGGCCGAAGAUGCCAAGCAGAAGUUGCAGAUGGCAACUCGUACGAUGCAAAACACUCCUCAGAAGCUUGGCGUACAGCAAAAACACCAACAACAGCAGCAACUUCAGACUUCCAACUCCGACAAGAAAAGAAGGUCCAGUCUGAAUGGGAACACUGAAACCACUACAUCCGCGUUUCAACGCGCACGUAACCAGUCACUGCUCCUUAACUCUAUUGGCAUGGGUCCAAAUCCGCUUACAGGAAUGUGCGGAGGUGCACCGAGGACUGAAGCUCCGCCCGUUUCAAGGCAGCCCAUGAAUAUGGCACAGGAUGUUGGAUACAGACAGUAUCCAUCACUAAGUUUCGACAGUUCGGCUAGCCAAAGUCCACCUAUUCCAACUGCACAGCAACAAUACUUUCCAGGCCAUGGCCCGUCUCCGGUUCAACAGUAUGGCAUUUCGACGCAACCCAGGAGUCUAAUGGGUCAACAGCAACCCAUAGGCCCCAUGCCGCCUCAGCAGCAGCCAGGCCUUGUACAGAAUGCGAGAUUGAACAAUACGGGGUCGCAAGCUCAAACCCACUCAAACCACGGGAUCAACGUACAUUUGGCUGUCAACACGGGUGCCGUACAGCAGCCUCACCAUGGCAUAGCACAGCAACCCCCACCUUCCUUCAUGCUUAGCCGUACGCACCAAUCGAACAGCACCAACGCGUCUUUUUUCCCGAAUACGCAAGGCAACACCAUUCCAUCCGCUUUCGACACCGACAUCUUUGCGACGGAUUCAAGCAAUGUGACGCCAGGCAACAUUGACUUCUUUCUGAACAACGACUUGGGGUUUGCCAAUUAUCUCACGGGAGAAAUGUUCCAAGAUCCAUUGUACAGCAAUGAUUUCACGACAAGCAUGGAUGGCAACGCUCAAAGUCAGGACAGUGCUAACGCUGCUCCGGCGAAUACGAAUGCAACGUGGUCAGGUGGCCAAGGCCCAGCGCCACAUCCAGGGUUCGCACCAAGAUGAGGUUUAG